GUUGGGAGGGAGGGAAGGACUGGUCCAGAGCCUGUUCAAUUGCUGUUGUUAGUGUGAGAGUUUAGCAGGAUGUCUAGCGUGAAAAAGACAGUGACUGUUAGCAGCAGCAGCAGCAGCAGCAGGGGUGGUGGGCUGAGUUUAGGUGGUACUCGGGGUAUUGCUGGAGGAUCCACUUACAUCCGCUCAGCCUCCCAGCCCAGGCAGUUCUCCAGUCACUCAAUGGUCAUCGGGAGCCGAAGUGCACCCCGCAUCAGCCUGGCGACUGGGGCCGGCUCCCUGGGCUUCUCCCGGGGCUUCAGCGGCUCGAUGUCGUCCGGGCUGGGCUCCGGCUCCCUCGCCUUGAUGUCCGGGGGCUUGGGGAUGAACGAGAAGGACACCAUGCAGGCUCUCAACCAGCGGCUGUGCCUGUACCUGGAGAAGGUCCGCUCGCUGGAACAGGACAACUGCAGGCUGGAGAAAGAGAUCCGCGAAUUCGCCACCUCCAGGUCUAUUGACACCUUCGACUGGUCCAUCUACAACAGCAGAGUCAAGCCCCUGCAGGACGAGAUUCUCCAUGCAAUCAUGGAGAACUCCCAAGUCUGCCUGGAGAUCGACAACGCCAAGCUCGCUGCUGAAGACUUCAAGAAUAAGUUGGAGACUGAGUUGAGACUGAGACAAAGUGUGGAGCUCGAUAUUGAUGGACUGCACCAACUGAAGCAAACCUACCUGGACCUACAGGGCAAUUUGGUUGGUGAGAUUGCCGCACUGGAAGAGGACAUUGCCGCCCUGAAGAAGGACCAUGAAGAGCAACUGAGAAUGCUGCGACAGCAGAAGACUGCAGAUAUUGAUGUCCAAGUUGACUCCGUUCCUUCUGUUGACAUGGCUGCGAAACUGCAAGAAAUGAGAGAUAGUUACACCAAGCUUGCAGAACAGAAUAAAAAAGAUUUGGACAAUUGGUACCAGGAGCAGGUACAGAUUCAAGUCACACAGACCACACAGGCUGGCCAGGCUUCUGAUGGGGCCAAAGUUGAGCUUACUAAAUGCCAACAGAAUUUUCAGAACCUGAACGCUGAAUAUAAUGCCUUGCUUGGUGCUCUGAGAGGCCUGGAAAAUAACCUGAUGAAUGUUGAGUCCAGGUACGGCACGGAGCUGCAGACAGUACAGUGUAGAAUCGCAGAUCUAGAAGGCACGCUGGGAGAAAUCAGGAACAGCAUCUGUUUGCAGACACAGGAAUAUGAGAAGCUCCUUAACAUCAAGAUGAAAUUGGAGAAUGAAAUUCAGCAGUACAGGGGUCUUCUCAAUCAGAGCCAAAGCACGAUCCAGUCUGGUGGUGGCUCCUCCUUAUCCAUUGGGUUGGUGUCCGGAUCCAAAUCCGGAUCUGGAUCAGCAUCUCAGUCUGGAUCAGGGUCGAGCACCUCAGUAACCACAACCAAAGUUACCACAGAAAGGAUAAGUCGUUACUAAUGAAGAUGACUGGCCCCAGGUCUCUCUCCAAAGCAUCAUCUGCAGACCCAGCAUGACUAUUUGCUAACAUGGUUUCUUACAGAAUCUCGGGUUGUGGGCUCUUCCCUUCCGCGCUCCUGUCUCAUGGCCUUAACUUUCAGGGCAAUAGAAACUGUAACAGAGUGCCCACUGCUCCCUUCAGACACCAAUCCUAUCCACUGGAGGCUGCCACUCAAGGAUAACCUUCCCAACACCACCUCUUAAAAGGCUGUACCCCUCCCAAUCCCUGCCGCCAUGUGAUGGCUCCUGAAGCCAAUUUUCCUCGACACCAGCACGAGGGAGGCAAUGUGACUGUUCCCAUCCCCCGUGUGGCGUCAGUGUGUCCCGACCGGCUGGUAGUGCCUAUGGGCUGGAUUCUUUGGCCUAGGGGCACGGUGAGUCUGAUCACUGUUUGUUCCCUUUGAGACUGAACCCAAGGUGAGGGGUCAGCUGGAGUUUCCCCAGCUGAUGUGAGCCUCAGUGCGUUGCUGGGGGGGGCCUGGUUCUGUUACUUGUGAAAAGGUUACAUCACAGAAGUUGGGCCUUUCUCAUGUGUGGCUGGCAUCCACCACCUCUGCCUUAACUCAGUGGGGUGAACCACACAAAGUCUCACUCACCACUGGGCCUUAAUGACAAACAUCCCUGUCGUGAGGGCUUGCACUGACCUGACCUAACUCUGGAACCGGACUGAUGGCACCUGUGGGGAGCUCUGGGCUGCUCAGAAAUCUCAACGUCUUUCUGCAUGUCCAUUCUCUGCUUCAAAGCCAAUCAAUAAAUACUCCUUUUGUCAUCCUG